CUCCCGCGGGAGGUCACCCGGGUCCCCACUAGCUGCCGCUCUAGGGCUUCCUCCUGAUGAGCCUGCGGGAAGGGGGUGCCGUGGCUCAUUUCACCCCCCCCCCCCCGCCUUUGCACACACAAACCCCAGGCCCAGCGAGGCUGGUGACGUCCGCAGUGUCACUCAGCAACGGUGGCCGUGGGCGCCGUGCCCCUGGUGCUGGGCGCCAUGGGCUUCACCGGCGCCGGCAUCGCCGCCUCCUCCUUGGCCGCCAAGAUGAUGUCCGCGGCUGCCGUCGCCAACGGGGGCGGGGUCUCCGCCGGCGGCCUGGUGGCCACUCUGCAGUCGGUGGGGGCAGCCGGACUCUCCACGUCAUCCAACGUCCUCCUGGCCUCCGCUGGGUCCUUUCUGGGCGCCUUGCUGGGAGGUUCAAAAAAGGCACCCCUUUCCCCUCCAGCCCUUUCCCCUCCCCCAGCUGGACCUGGGGCUGAAGGGGACCAGCCAGGAAAAAACGCACCCCAAGUUAACCCUCCGAACCGCCCCCUCCGCUCAGAGAAGCAUCAGAAAUAAAGGUCACGUGCACACGC